GUAGAUCUUCAGUGUGGUUCACGAAAGUUCUCUCCCCGUGUUCGCCUUCCGAGCCAAAAAGCCGUUGAAAGCUGUUUCCUUCCGAGGAUCUUGGUCUUCUGCGGGUCUUCUGGCGAGGAACAAGAGCCGAGAUAACCUCCGCUUUAUCUCGCGAUGACAAAAGCCGCAGAGCGAUAGCGCGGAGACGGAACGCGGCCGAGUGCUCGCGAGCGGGGCCGGAGACGCUGACAAAGGGGCUCAGAGGCUGUCGUGAGUGGUUCGUGGGCCGCCCUCGCUCGCAACGACCGCUUCACUCAGACCGCUUCCAGGCCACGGCACGACGGCGAGCAGCGAGGACCACGGAGCAGAUCGCUAUCUUUCAAUUUCAUUCGAUAUUUAACGUGUGCAAGAAAGGAUUUAUCGCUGCACUUACCUGAUAUCAAGGGUUAUCUGGGCUGCUGUGCGUCAGUAACAGAAAAGGCAGUCAAGUAGGGGUUUCUGUGUUCCAUUGUUGCAUAACGGAUAGUGAAAGUAGUCCCCCAGUGGUUGAUUUCAGCUGAAGGAAAGUGAAGCACGACACCUCCCUCCCUCCCGAUAAAUCAACACAGGAAAUACAGCAGAGGAACGAGACCUGCUCCCGCGCGGCAAGACCGUUUGUGAUUCCACCAUUUCCGGCCAAAAUUUCAAGAUUGAUUGGCUACAAGACCCCACGAUGGUUCUCUGCGGAACGACCCCCGAAAGGAGAGCGAGCAAAGACCUGGAGAAGAAGAUAUCCUCAUGGAUGAAAGACUAUAAAAAGGCGAUAAAAAUAUUAUUAUUAGGGGCGGGAGAAUCGGGCAAAACCACCAUCAUUAAACAGAUGAAGAUUCUGCACAUCAGCGGGUUUUCUCCAGAAGAGAAGAUGGAGAAGGCGCAGGACAUCAAGAGCAACGUCCUGGAGGCCAUUUCGACGCUGAGCAGCAACAUGGAGCUCCUGGGGAUUCCUCUUGGCUCCGAGAACAACAGAGCUUCCUUCGAGUACAUCAGAGGCAUCGAGCUGGAGGGAUUUGCCUUCCCGCAGGAAUUCUACGACCACACUGAGCGACUGUGGGGCGACUCUGGCAUCCGCGAGGCUUACGCACAGCAGCACAAAUUCCAGCUGAUCGACUGCUCCAAAUAUUUCUUGGACAAAGUCAACGUACUGAAGCAGCCAGAUUACGUCCCCAGCGUGCAGGACAUCCUGCACAGCCGCCGCCGCACCACCAACAUCCAGAAGAUCGAGUUCGAGGUCAAGAUCCCGCGGAAGUACGGCGGCGGAGGGUCACUCACCUUCUGGAUGUUCGACGUCGGGGGUCAGCGAGGCGAGCGCAAUGAAAUGAUACAGGUGUUUGACGGCAUCCAGACCGUGCUGUUCCUGGUGUCGGCGAGCUGCUUCGACCUGGUGGUGAGGGAGGACGAAGCCACCAACAGGCUGCAGGAGUCCAUAAAAAUCUUCCAAAAUGUUUGGGUCUCAAGAUUUCUGAAAGACGCUGGCUUCAUCGUUUUCCUGAACAAGCAAGACAUCCUGAAGGACAAAGUAGUGAAUUCGAAGAAGCACAUUGGCGAUUACUUCCCGAAUUAUGCAGAUUACAAACUGGACGUAAAAG